GGUCGUGUAAAAAGACAAUCCAAUGCUCGACGCUACUUCGAUCGCGCGUCACGUAAUGGAAUUUUCGGACCUGGACUGCAUGAAAUGCUGAAUCAACCUAUCUCGCUUCAUUCCGUUUCUCAGUAUCGCAGCUUGCUCACCUUGAACCCUGCAAGCAGCCCAGUGAAUCCCGUGAUUAUGGCAGACGACACAGAAGAGAUCCCAUCCGAGCUUUUAACACUGGCACAGGCACUAUUGGUCGCCUCAAAAUCUGGAUCACUCCAAAAUGUUAAGGAUCUUUUAGCCCAAGGCGCCCCAACAUGGUAUCAAGACGAGGAUUUAGGCUGGUCGUGCCUGCACUAUGCGGCAGAACGGAGGAUGCCAGAGCUUCUCGAGACUCUCCUAGAGGGUGGGGCUGUAUGGAACGCCAUGGACUCUUGGGGUAGGACAGCAGGAGAGAUCUGCCUGAGUUUGGGAGACAGAGCAGGGUGGGAGGUUAUCCGUAAUGAUGGGAUUCGAUCAGAGAUGCUUGCCCAUUUCCUUGGAGGAACUUCGAGCUCGAGCUCCGCCACGCACCUCAAACUGAGGGCUAAUGACCAAAGCUCAGCAGGAAACAACGAGGUUUUCUUGAAGAGUAAACUGACAUGGGACCUCGGAGAGGAUGGCAAAGAGAGGGUUCUGGACGCAGAUGGCAAUGGUGUCAUGAUGGGCUGGGAAGAGCCCCUUAUGAAGCAGCACGUCGCACUCAUGAUUGCAGGACGGCCGGAUACUGUGGGGCUCGCUGUUCUCAACAUUGGCUUUGGGCUAGGAAUCAUCGAUAGGAUUAUUCAGUCCGAAAGUCCGCGGCUUCAUAUUAUCGUAGAAGCUCACUCAGACGUCCUGGCACACAUGAAAGCUACCGGAGUCUACGAUUGGCCAAACGUCAAGGUGCUGGAAGGCAGGUGGCAGGAUCACCUGAUAGGCAAAAACCUGAAGCGGGUACUGGAGCUUUCAGCCGACGGCUUCGAUGCCAUCUUCAUGGAUACGUUUGCGGAGGGCUACGAGGAUCUUAAGACUUUCUUCGAAUCCGUCGUCCCGGAUAUUCUCGAGCCCCAGCAGGGAGUUUUCUCGUUCUGGAAUGGGCUCGGUGCCACGAAUGCAACAAUCCAUGCGGUCUCAUCGAGCCUUGCGGAGCUUCACAUGGAAGAUGUCGGUCUCCAUGUCCAGUGGCAAGACGUGCCCAUCGCGGAAUCUCAACGCGAAGAGGUCUGGAAAGGUGUCAGAAGGCGGUAUUGGGAUCUGCCAGGAUACAAGCUCCCAAUAGCAAAGAUGUGUAUGCACUAGGGUCCCCGUCGUCCGCUUGCUUCGGCCCCAUCUGCCCAGUCACAGCUCAACAUCCGAAGCUACCUUGUCAACUCAUCUCCGACCAUGUUCC